AUGAACCUCAACUUCACGGCGGCCGCGCACCCCGUCUCGGCGCCGAGGCCCACGUCCUUCUUCAUCGAGGACAUCCUGCUGCACAAGCCCAAGCCGCUGCGGGAGGUGCCCCCCGAGCCCUUCCCCGGCUCCCUGGCGGCCCGGGUGCCGCUGCUGGACUAUGGAUACCCGCUCGUGCCGGCGCCCACGCUGCUGGCGCCCCACCCGCACCCGGCCCUGCACAAGCCCGAGCACCAUCAUCCCUACUUCCUAGCCACGUCGGGCAUGCCCGUGCCCGGCCUCUUCCAGCCGCACCCGCACCCGCACGCCGAGCUGCCCGGCAAGCACUGCCGCCGCCGCAAGGCCCGCACCGUCUUCUCCGACUCGCAGCUCUCGGGCCUGGAGAAGCGCUUCGAGAUCCAGCGCUACCUGUCCACGCCGGAGCGCGUGGAGCUGGCCACGGCGCUGAGCCUCUCCGAGACGCAGGUCAAGACGUGGUUCCAGAACCGGCGGAUGAAGCACAAAAAGCAGCUGCGGAAAAGCCAGGACGAGCCGAAGCCGCCGGGCGCCGACGAGAGCCUGGAGCCCAGCCCCGGCGAGCCCGAGCCGGAGCCCGAGGCCGAGCCCGAGCCUCGCCCGCCCGCCUUCCUGCUGCACGAGGCCGAGGACGACGUGGACGUGCUGGAGGACGGGGACCUCUGCGCCUCGCAGCACCUCCUCUAG